AGACUCAGAGUCUCCAGCUUCCGGCGCGCGGUCCUAGUGGAGGCAGGUAUGGCGGCGCCCGCCGCGGUCCUGGGGCCCUCGGCCCUAGGCCAGAGUGGCCCCGGGUCGAUGGCUCCCUGGUGCUCUGUGAGCAGCGGACCGUCUCGUUACGUGCUCGGGAUGCAGGAGCUGUUCCGAGGCCACAGCAAGACGCGCGAGUUCCCGGCGCACAGUGCCAAGGUGCACUCGGUGGCCUGGAGCUGCGAUGGCCGUCGCUUGGCCUCGGGGUCCUUCGACAAGACUGCCAGCGUGUUCUUGCUGGAGAAGGACCGGCUGGUCAAAGAAAACAAUUACCGGGGCCAUGGGGAUAGCGUGGAUCAGCUUUGCUGGCAUCCAAGCAACCCUGACCUCUUCGUCACCGCAUCCGGAGAUAAAACCAUUCGCAUCUGGGACGUGAGGACUACAAAAUGCAUCGCCACUGUAAACACGAAAGGGGAGAACAUCAACAUCUGCUGGAGUCCCGAUGGGCAGACCAUCGCCGUGGGCAACAAGGACGAUGUCGUGACCUUCAUCGAUGCCAAGACGCACCGCUCCAAAGCGGAGGAGCAGUUCAAGUUUGAGGUCAAUGAGAUCUCGUGGAACAACGACAACAACAUGUUCUUCCUCACCAACGGCAACGGCUGCAUCAACAUCCUCAGCUACCCAGAACUGAAGCCUGUGCAGUCCAUUAAUGCCCAUCCUUCUAACUGCAUCUGUAUCAAGUUUGACCCCAUGGGGAAAUACUUUGCCACAGGAAGUGCAGAUGCUUUGGUCAGCCUCUGGGACGUUGAUGAGUUAGUGUGCGUGCGGUGCUUUUCCAGACUAGAUUGGCCUGUGAGGACUCUCAGUUUUAGCCACGAUGGGAAAAUGCUGGCGUCGGCUUCAGAGGAUCAUUUCAUUGAUAUAGCUGAAGUAGAGACAGGAGACAAGCUAUGGGAGGUGCAGUGUGAGUCCCCGACUUUCACCGUGGCUUGGCACCCCAAGAGGCCUCUGCUGGCUUUUGCCUGUGAUGACAAAGAUGGCAAAUACGACAGCAGUCGGGAGGCCGGAACUGUGAAGCUGUUUGGGCUUCCUAAUGACUCCUGAGAGGCCGGCAGCAAGGGGACAGGAGGCCAGCAGAUUACUUGGGCUUCCUAAUGUGACUGGACCUGGCCUGGAGGAGGCCUGGACUUUUUAAUGACUCCUGAGAGGACCUGGCGGGGAGAAGAGGCUGGCGCAGACCUUCCUUUUGUAUAUUCAAUGUAGUCUGUUGGGCUUGUGGGCACCCUAAUGUUUAUAAAUGUCAUAAAUUACAGAACCAAAAAACCCACAAAAAACGUUUGGUCGGGCUGUGCAUACCUCAACUCUCUCUGUGGCACUGGAGAAUUGAACCAGCCUUCCUUGUGGUAAGCAAGUGAUUGCCCUAUCUUGUCACUUAGCUCCAGCCCCAGCCCCAGCCCCAGCCCCAGCCCCAGCCCCACUGCCUGGAUGUUGGUUUGGUGCAUCUGUGUUAGCUGUUUCCAUCCCUCCCCUGUUGACAGUUAGCUAAUGAGGACUUUGCAAGUAUAGGCCAGGGCCCGUUUUAGGGUUCUCUAAAGGAACAGAACUGGUAGAAUAUCUGUCUAAGUACAGAACUGAUACGUCUGUCUACAUAGAUCUGUGUGUAUGGAAUUUUUUUUUUUUGAUUUUUUUUUUUAUUUGGUUUUUUUUUUCGAGACAGGGUUUCUCUGUAUAGCCCUGGCUGUCCUGGAACUCACUCAGUAGACCAGGCUGGCCUCGAACUCAGAAGUCUGCCUGCCUCUGCCACCCAGACUGCUGGGAUUACAGGCGUGCGCCACCACCGCCCGGCUGUGUAUGGGAUUUUAUCAGAGUGGCUUACCUUAUAGGCUGUGGUCUGGAUAGUCAGUCCAACUACCCUGUCUCUGGAUGACAAGGCCAAGGAUCCAGUAGUUGUUCAGUUGUUCAGACUGGGUGUCUCAGCACUGAUAAUCCGGUGUUGGAGUCCUGAGGAAUUCCAGAGAGCUGCUGGUCACUGGUCUGUUUUGGAACCCGAAGAAGUAGGUUCUGUGAUUCCCAGCAGAGAGUGCCUCAGCAGCAGGGUAGAUGAACCUGGCGAUGAGAGUGAGGGCAAGCAGGCAAAAGCCAACGCUUGCUUUUUCUGUGUCUUUUUAUAUAGGCUGCCACCAGCAUGUUUGUGUGUGUGUGUGUGGGUGUGUGUAUGUGUGUUCCAAAUUUAGGGUGGGCCUCUGCACCUCAGAGGACCAAGAAAAUUUGUGCCCUGCUGUUUGGGUUUCAGUGAUUUCCAGAUGUUGCAGUCAAGUUGACAACCAAGAUUUCCCACCACAUGACUCGCAGAGCAUGUGCUCUGGGAGGGCCCUGUUUUCUAAAUUUUACUAUUGCAGAGUUUGUUGGCAGAGUUUGUUGGAUAUGUUGCUUAGGCAUAGGGAUGGGGUUUUUAAAAACAAUUUUGAGAACUGAGCAUUCAAUAAAACUGGCUUUCAUUA